GCACACAAAGUUUACAAAGUCCUGACAUCGUUGCAUCGCUGAAUGCGACCGCCGCAUCCUCGCCCGUGGAUUAUAAAGUUUAGGCUACUUCAGAAGAAAGCCACCCUACCUAAAAAGUAAGUUUUCUUUAAAGACUGGAAUUGUCUGCAACUCCGCUGCCACAGUCAUUGCUGCUCUGCCGCUAGACAAGGACACUUCAACCUCUGCCUGAGUGUCUUCACAACCCAGAGCCCCCUACUCAGCUUCUACCAACACAAACUCAAACAUAAACUUAACGGAGAUGGAGGGUCAGGUGGCGCGGUUUGCCCUUCUUCUGUGCAUCACUGUUGCAGCCUCUGCCUCAAGUCAGACGUGUGAUCCAAUGAAGGUUGAUGACAACCCAUGGGUGUAUGUGGGGGAGAGUCUGAUUGGCUGUUGGACCAGCUUCAUCAGAGAGGACAAGGCAGAGGUCCACAUCCUUAACCUGAACUUUGCAGCCACGGAGUCCAAAAUGUUCUCUCUCGAGAUGACCAAUGCCAAGCCAAUGAACCUUAUCCUCACAUCGCCAGACACGGCAUACGGUCUAUACAACAUCAACACCGAUGUUAACAUUUAUAUAAACAAUGCCUCCACAAUUACCCUUCAUGCUAAUCAACAUCACAGCAACGUCCACAAGCAAGACUUCCCCACUCAAGAUGAGGAACUGGUCAAGUGGGCAACACACAAGUUUGGGGGUGUGACUUCAUUCACCACAAUCCGAAAUCUAAAAACCGUCUCAUCAACAGGAAUAAAAGGGACCAAACCUGGCUCUCGUAACUGCAUACUUAAAAAUGAAGAUGCAUUCGAGAAGCACUUUAUGAAGAUUGAAACAUUACCCAUGGCUUCGUUCAAGUAUUGUUCCACACAGCAACAGAACCGUGGUGAUGAAGCUGAGCUUCAUAUCAUAAACAUCCCAGAGAAUUCCAUCACUUGCAAUGUGUCACUUCGCAUUGACACUGAGAAGACCAGCGUGUUCCUGAGAGGCCCUCAGGGCACCACAUGGACCUUCCUCGCCCUAAAACACACCCAGUUUGGUUCGAACAAUGAUAUCCUGCUGCCCUCCAUGACACACAGAAUCCAGCCUACAUUUACACUGAACAGCGACAAUGCAGAGGAUGUGCAAAGGAUGGCUUUAAAUCAUUUCAAAGCCAGUACUUUCACCAGUUACACUGAACUCAAACCAGAGAAGUCUAUGGUUUUACUGGUUCUUGGAAAAAAAGACAACCCUGCAGUUACAGAAACAGUUCCAGCACCCGUCAUUGCCAUUACAACUAAUGCCCCUCAUCAGAUGCCUCUGCUGAUGCAGCUGUACACCUCCCCAGACUAUCGUUCUCCCCUGGACCCUAACACCAAGGUGCAGAGUGACAAGAGAAUUUAUGCAGAGAUUUCAGGGCACACUUUAGGGGAUAUUUUCUUGACCAUCAAGGUGAUCAGCUGCUUUGUGCGCUCCACGGGCUCAUGCCCUGUAGAGAAAGAGCUGCCCUUCAUGCCAGAGACCUGCUCCUUAAAUUCUUGUCCCAACAGCACCCGACUCAGCUUCUCCUUAGAUCAGCUCCAAGAGCUAACGUCCACCACAUGGGACCUGGAAUGCUCCGUCAAACUUUGCUACAGUGAGAAAUGUGGAGAUGGAGGAAGAGUGAAGAGGAAUCUGGAGGUUUCCCAGCCGUGUCUGCAACCAUCAACCCCAACAUGCUUUGAUUUUGGGCUACCCGGUGUUCUGGGCAUUGCAUUUGGAGGGUUCCUGAUUGGAGUAUUACUUAUUGGAGCCCUGUGGUUUAUCAAAAUUAAAACAGGGUACCCAACUGCACUGGACAUUAGCUCAACUGCAGCAAAUCUUCCUAGAUGCCCCUGCUCAGGAGCAAAACGACAACCUGUUUCUACCAUCCCUUCCCCCUCUGAGAACAGCAGCGCCAAUGCAAGCAUUGGAAGCACCCAAAGCACACCGACCAGCAGCAUGGCAUGAGAUUAUGGUAAUCUCCGCCACUAGUAGAGCCACCGUCUCCCUUCAAAGUCACCUAUACGGGUUUUGUGCUUUUGCUUUCUUUAUUAAUGCUUGAAAAGCAUUUCUCCCUUCCCCUCUAAAUUCUCAUUAAAAAGCACAACCCACGUCUUUGACUUACUAGGCCUAAAAUGGAUGUGAUCUGGGAGUUUGUAAUGGUGGAUCGGGGAGCUGGGUGACGGAUGACAGAAGUCUAAUCAAUGGCCUCUGACGCUCACCUCUGCAGCCUCUCUGUAAAGUCAAGCUCCUAGACAGGAAGUUAAAGAGGGCAAAAGGAAAAAAAAAAAAGUAAAAUUGGCUCCCAGCAACAGGAAAAACAAACCAUAUCCCCCAAGAGCUAACAGGAAAUUCACUGCAUUCCUUUCAAUGAAUUGUGCUUGUGUGAUGGCAGCACAAUAAGAGUUAGACAGGAGACAAACCAGUCAGAAAACCGACUUUGAAAAACAGAUGAAAAGCUGUUUUGCAUUCACAUCUAAGCUACAAAAUAUGAAGGGCUUUUGGCUAGGUCAGUCCAAAAAGUUAUCAACAAUGUCUCGGGGACUGAACAUGGUAAGAUCUCAAACCAGUCAAUUAAAUGCU